GCUGAUGCUGAGGCACUUCGUAUAUCUGUAGCAUCCUCUUUUACCUCAAUGUUUGUCGACAUGUUGUAUUGUCUGAGGUGGCAGCACUGCGUUGACCUCUGUCUGGGUGGUCUUCUUCUAUUUUUAGCGGGGCUGCAGCAGGUGGAAGCAGCAGCCGCCGCCACGGAGAUGGCCAGCUUGAACUGGAAGCCGUUUAUCUACGGAGGGAUGGCCUCGAUUGUCGCAGAAUUCGGCACAUUUCCCAUUGACCUUACUAAGACCAGACUACAGGUCCAAGGUCAGUCUCAGUACACAGAGGUGCGCUACAGAGGCAUGUUCCAUGCCCUGUUCAGGAUCGGGAAGGAGGAGGGCAUUCGGGCGCUCUACUCUGGAAUUUCCCCGGCUCUUUUGAGACAGGCUUCUUACGGGACAAUCAAGAUAGGAACCUACAAUUCUCUGAAGAGGCUAUUUGUCAGUCGGCCAGAAGAUGAGACGAUGGUCAUCAACGUCUUCUGCGGUGUCGUGUCUGGAGUCCUGUCGUCCUCUUUGGCCAACCCUACAGAUGUUCUCAAGAUCAGAAUGCAGGCACAGGGCAGCCUGCUCCAAGGCAGCAUGAUGUCCAACUUCAUCAACAUCUACCAGACAGAGGGCACCAGAGGGCUAUGGAGAGGUGUCAUCCCCACAGCACAGCGAGCAGCUAUUGUUGUCGGAGUGGAACUUCCUGUCUAUGACAUAACAAAGAAGCACCUCCUUCGCUCCGGCCUCAUGGGAGACACUAUUUUAGCACAUUUCAUUUCAAGUUUUGCAUGUGGCUUGGCGGGGGCACUGGCCUCCAAUCCUGUAGAUGUGGUCAGAACUCGAAUGAUGAACCAGCGAGUUUUGUCUGGAAACCCCAUUUACAAAGGAACAUUGGAUGGACUGAUGCAGACGUGGAGGAAUGAAGGCUUCUUUGCUCUCUACAAGGGAUUUUGGCCUAACUGGCUACGACUGGGACCUUGGAACAUCAUUUUCUUCAUCACCUUUGAGCAGCUGAAGAAGCUCCCAUUUUAACAAGAGCCAGUAGUGCGACUGUGUGGGUCGGUUGGACUGUGUCAGAGAUAAGUGGGGCAUGAGCAUGGCAGCACCAGGAGAUUUGGCAAAUCUAUAUUCACACUCCCUUUGAACAAAAACCAGUUUCAUUUCAAGUUUUGUUUUUGUUUUUUUUUUUGUUUUUUUAAGUUUUAUUUAUUGUUACUGAUUCUGUUUUAAAGACUGCUGUGGUUAAUGAUUUCACUCACCAUUUCACACUCCUCAGGCAGCUAAAUGCGUAGUUCUAGCAAAAGAGGGAAAGCUUAGAGGACAAUGUGUUUUGUUUUGUUUUUCUCAGCUGAUGAGAAACAGAUUAGUGUGGAUUGCAUGACUGGAUUUUUAAACUUGGGUUUUCCGAGGACAGAGUGCACAUUUCUAAUUAUUUGCUCAGGAUUCUUAGACACAGCUGAUGCACGUACGGAGGAAAAAGGGUGUUAGAUUUUAAAAAGAAUGUGUAGAAAGCUUUGUUUUAGGGGAAAGAUGGCGCAUGAAAUUUGCUCAGAAAAUCUCAUUUUAACUGCUGAACAGUGAGGAAUGGUGUGAAUGAGUGGUACACGUGACAAAGUGACUGUUACUGGUAGUCACAGUAAUAAGAGAGAUGAAGGUACAACAGAGUUGACACUGUUACAGAGAGAUGAUGGCUCUUCCAGUGAGCUGUCUCUGUGGAGUUUGGUGGAAAAUAACCCAACACAUUGACUUUUUUUUGUUCAUCUAAAGGUUUUUGUUAUUCCUUUGUUCUGUUCUGUUGUUUUACAGUCAGAAAUCUGAACCAUCUGAGCCUGUGAAGAGUAAAUAGCACAUCAGCUCUUAUUAAGAAGUACUUGAUUCAAAGCAGCAGCCAAUCCUUAACAAAAAGGUUUGUUUUGUUUAUUUUUUCAGUUCUGUUCACGUCCAUCUGAAUCAGUAUUAGGAUGUAGUCGGUGGUGAGCAGAGCUUGCUGCCACACCAACAAGAGAACAAUCAGUACAUAGUGUAAAUGUAUGUACAGACACAUUCACACUCAGAGGUGGAUGUAUUUUACCUGAGGCAUGUUCCUGUACAUACAAGGCCUUAUUGCGCUAUCUUUCCUCUUUUAACCUCAGUUCCUGUGCCAAAUUGCGUCCCGUCCCGAACUUGCACUUGGUCUUUGUAAUAAGUCACUGUAGUUGAUGUAGAUUACUCAGUGACGUGUGCACAUUUGUAAAUCACAUUCUCUGAACUCCACCCAUGUAAAACAGACCAGACACAUUUACAUUUAUUUUUAACUGCUUGUUUAAAUUUUAUUUAAAAUAAACAUUUUUUUUCCUCAUUUUGUGUCUGGGUGCUGGUCAAAUUCAGUUUUUUUUUUUUUUGUUUGUUUUUUUUUGCUUAGUUUAUCAAAAACCUUUAACAGCACUGUUGUAGGCAGCCGUGCUAUUUAAGUUAUAUUUGACUAAUAUUUCAUAAACCAGCACCACGUUGGUCAUACUCAUCCACAUAGCUCUGCCAUCGUUCUCUCAAAUGCUAAAAAAAACCUGAUUGGAUUUUGUGAAUCUGUUUCUUCUUCUAAUUGCAUCACCCCGUCUCCUCUGGUUUUGAUUAAAAGACGCACAUGGUGUCCACUGGUACUGAAUCAUUGCAGCUGCAGAAAUGUUUGGGUUUUGUUUGGUUUUUUUUAGGCUGCAUUUGCACUGCGUACAGUAGUCCUCCUUCCCUCCCUUUAAUUACAUGUGCUUAAUAAUCUGGCCCUGAGAGUGCUUUACUUUGUCUCAGCAUCUCAACUCUUCUCUAUCAUGCUUGCUUGUCUCUUUCAAACACCUUUGGGCAGCACUCUUCCAUAGGAGCAUUAGGAUCAUAAUUUUAUGCAUCUUGUAGUUUAAUUGGAACAAUUUGUUAACUGCGUAACACAAUUUUCAUAAAGGCAGCUGUUUAAGUGCCCUGCUUAAGCCUGGGCCUCUGUGUACUCUAAUGAUGCUAAUCAAACAAACGGGGCACAUGGUACCCACUGAGUUCUCCUUAAUUGAGCCUGACUUUAGAAUCCUAAGUAAACAGACAGUCUUCCAGUGUAAAUGCUGUCGUCCUGUGCACAUUUUUUAAAGUGACUAAUGGUGAAUAAAGUUUUCCGAGGAGGAGUUGGUAGGUUUUACCUGUCCUCAAACUGCUGUAGCGUUUAAUUUCUUUUCCAGUUUGUGCUCCAGAGUUUGUAGUGAGCCGUUUCACUUUGCGUCUUUGUACGUCUAAGUGUGACGUGCUGCUUUCAGAGGUCACUUUAAAAUAGGUUUUCCUGGAAUCCUGGGAGCGUUGUGCUGUUACAGCCUUACACUGUAGAUCAGUCAGCUGUUAGAGAUGAUAUUCUGUAAUUAUAUUCUUCCAGUCCUGUUCUGACGGCUCAUCACUGCACUGAGUGUACUGAUUUUUGCACUUCAGUUUUAUUUAUUGUCUGCACACUGGUAAUCUGAGUACAGGGUUUAAUCCAUGGAGUGGGUUAAAGACUGAGGUGGAGAUGCAGCUACACAAGGAUGUUUUUCAUAACAGGGGUACAUCUGAAAACAAAGAUGUGUCUUCAGUUUUGGGUUCAGUCCACGCCGAAGUAACAAUACUGCAGUUAUAAGUGUGUUUAAUAAUUUCUUUUAUUAAAAAAUAUCAGCAGGGAAUUCUAGGCAGAAGGAAAAAGGGCAGACCUGCCUGAUUUCAAACUUGGGUUUUUUUUUUGUUUGUUUGUUUUGUUUUUUUAAUUAAAUUGUGUUACACCCCAGCCCAGGGAAGACCCUGGGCUGGGCUCGAGGUAGAAGCUCGAGGCAUCUACCUCGAGCUUGAAGGGACGUGUAAAGUCCGGGGCGGCAAGUACAGGAGCACUGCAGAGGAGAGCCUUGGCAGCUUCAAAGGCAAACUGACAUGUCUCUGAUGUCUCUGACACGAAUGGUGACUUAGGACUGGCAAGACUGGUUAACGGGGUUACGCCUGAUCAUUUUUUGCAGUAUACCGUCAUGCCGGUAUACUUUGUUUCCUCCUCAAUAACUUCCAUUAAUAUACUGAAGUACUAUAAACAUAUGCUACAGUAUAUGUUUAUAAUGCUUUUCUUGGAUGCAAACCUUUGAUGUGCAAACAGCAUUUUCAGAUGUACCGAUGUAAAUGUGGAUAAUAUUGAACAUUUAGUUAAUAUACAAUUGUCUUCGAUUCAUUCAACAUGAUAAAUGUAAACUAAUAUUUUUUUAAAAUGAUGAAAUUACUGGAAAACCAAAUUGUCAUUUGGACUGAAGAACUUUAAGUUUAAUUCUCUGGACAAACUUUUUCAAGCUGUUAACUUGGGUAAAGGAUGGUACACAAAAAUAUUAUAAUUAUUUAUUAAAUCUGAGUAUAACGGCUACUUUUUGCACAUUUUUGUGAAUGUAAAUGUGAUUGUGAUACUCAGACAGGUAAAUGAUGAGGCUUUCUGUCGUGUACUUAUUUAUGAACAGCGCUGAAUUGAACAACAGUUGAAGGUCGGCUCAUUUAAAUUUACAGAACAUGUUUUCAUCUCACUCCUUCUAAUGUUCUCUAAAACCAGGAGUGCUGACUGACAUUCGCUCUCAUAUUUCAUGUUUCCACGAAUGUAUGUCACAGUGGGGUAAUUCACUUUCUGCUCAACCUGUUUUUCUGCUUUCCAGUUUCCCCUGUGAUAUGUCUACAGUUCAGAUGAUGAAUGCUCAUAAUAAACAUCAGCAACAUAGAAAUAAUCCCUGUAAUCCGAAACCCCAGGCUUCAGAUUGCUCUAAACAGCAAGUUUCACGUCUUUUUGUUUGUUUGUUUUUUAAAUUUUGUCUUUUUUUUGGGGGGGGGGGGGUCUCCUCAAAUUUAAAUUAAUGAUGUCAAUCAGGGUGGAUACCCCAAAUAUGGUCAUCUUAGGUACAGGGCUCUGGCUGUGACCACAGAGGCCCCACCCACAUGCUGUGUGUGUGUGAGGGACAGCCAAUUUGGAAUUUGGAAGGUUUGAUUCAGACACAGGAUGAAUUGAGGGGCUGAGCAAAUGUCCAGUCUAAGAUAAAUGGGAUCAUUUUAAAUUGUGAACUGUGUAAAUCCACUCUAGUACAGUCCAACGGUAAAACCACGGAGCUGGAAAUUCACUGUAAUGUUCUGUGAACUGUUCAGCUUUUAAAUGUCCAAAGGUUUCUCUUCUUUUCUGAUUGUCAAAUAUUUAGAAUCAUGAUUGUACAGGGUCAUUUUAUGUUUGAUGAUAACAUUUCUAUUAUUUUUUUUUUUUUUGGCUGAUCUUAUGUGACAAUCUGUUGAUUUGUCUAUUUAUUCGACUCUCUUCAGUUAACCUGAAGUCAAGACAUGUUUAUUUUAUUUGUUUGGGUGAUUUUAUUUAAACUGUUCAGGUGCUAUGUGUCAACCACAUUAUUUCACAUUUUCGGGCCUAGUAAUUUUUCCCACCAGUGUGUGCCAUGUUAUUAUUUAUUUUUACUCUUAUUAACAAAACUACAACACUGUUACACUGACUUAAGGGCCAAUAAUUUAGUGUUCAAUUUUGGGCAGUUGGCAUCAAUGAUCUUUGUGAUGCAGGGGAAAUGGGUUUUUCUGGACACGUAGUGUAUUGGUUUUAUUGUUUCGUUAUACUUCAUGAAAACAUGUAAUUGAAGGUUGGAUUUCAUCUAUUAAAGGCAAUGUUUCUUGUCCUGAUGGGUCCAGACACACUUAAAUUUCAUCAUUUUAUGUUUAAAGUAACUUAAUUAUGAAACUUUGUAACUGCCAAAUUUUCAUCUUCUUUUAAAGUCUGAAAGCAGAAGAAAAUCUUUAUUUUGUAAGUGUCCUCUUCACUCCCACUGAUCAUUUGCACUUUUAUUUGUGAUUAGCUUGUAUCAUUGCUGUAUAAAGACAUCUUUCUUUUUUCCUUUUUUUUGACAAUAUAAACUCACUGUUCACUUAUCAUUAAAAUAUAA